GUGUUUUAGUGCAGGGCAACACUGCAGAGGGUGAUUCUUCACCAUGGUGGGAAUGAUAUGAGUAAGUCAAGCAGCAAGGUCUCUUCUGACACAGUGCCUUCAACUACGCAAACAAAUGGUCAGAUCCUAGAGUCACCCAAUUGGAAGAGCUUUGGCUUUAGUGAACUAAAAGAAGCAACAAGUAACUUCAGACCGGGUUAGGUAAUUUUGGUUCUGUCUUCAAAGGGUGGAUUGAUGAGCAUUCAUUAAAGCCUUCUAGGCCUGAUACAGGCAUGGCUAUUUCUGUAAAGCCACCAGGGCCUGACACUGGAAUGCCUGUUGCUGUAAAGAGGCUACGUGACAACCGAGGUCAACAAGAAUGGUUGCUAUUGCAUCCGAAUCUAGUGAAACUGAUUGGUUACUGCUUGGAGGAUGACCAUCGACUUCUGGUCUAUGAGUUUGUGCCCAAUGGCAGCUUGGAGAAUCGUCUAUUAGGAAGGGAUUCUCACAUUCAACCACUCUCUUGGAAUCUCCGUAUGAAAAUCGCCCUUGGUGCUGCCAAGUGUCUGGCAUUUCUUCAUGAUAAGGCAGAUGUAAUACAUCGAGAUUUUAGAUCUUCGAAUAUCCUGCUUGAUUCAGACUAUAAUGCCAAACUAUGUGAUUUAGGAUUGGCUAAGGAUGGGCCAAUAGGUAAAAGCCAUGUCACUACACGGGUCAUGGGGGGUUAUGGCCAAGGGUAUGCAGCACCUGAAUACAUCCGGGCAGGUCAUAUUAGCAAAAAAAGUGAUAUAUACAGUUUCGGGGUUGUUCUUCUUGAAAUGUUAUCUGGAAGACGAGCAAUAGAAUGGAACAGGCAAUCUGGACAAAGACAUCUAGGUACGUGGGCAAGAAGCAUUACUGACAGACGCAAAAUUUCCCAAAUUUUGAAUCCUGCCAUUUUAGGUGAGCAUUCGGGAAGCAGUGCAUUAAAAGUAGCUCAACUUGCAUACGAAUGCGUAUCAGGGGAGCCAAAAUUUCGGCCAGACAUAAAAGAUGUGGUUAAAAUUCUGGAAAACCUUCAGGACAAUACGGUAUGCAAAUCAAGCAACGGUUCUAAACAAUGAAAACGUUGUUUUCUGUCUUAAGACCAACUUUUUCUCCUGUUCUGUGUGCACGUGUGUAUAUGUAUGUGAUACGUAGUAAUGAUGUCUGGAAAACUUUUAUUGUUAACUUUCGUUCUUAAAAAAAAAAUUAUUGAAAUUCAUACCUUUAAAUAUAUUUGGGUUUUGACGCU